GGUUUUUUUUGUACUUCUAGUGUCAACCUGCUUUAUUCUGUCCUGCCUCAAGAUGUAGAUUAUUCCUUUUGAACAUUUUGAUUCUAAACAAGCUGAAAUAUUCUCAGCUCAGUGCAGAGUAAGGUUUUCAGGACUCGUAGUAAAGCACGCAAAAUCAGCUCCACAUCGACCAACUUACACUGACAUGAUGAUCACCCAUUAACGCAUCUGUAAAAACAACGUUGUCAUGUAUUUGACUGUAUGACAGGGGCAUAACAGUACUUUUACUUUUGAUACUUUGAGUAUAAUCAGUAGUAGUAGUAGUUUUAGUCUGGGGAUUUUGAAGACAGGACUUGUAAUGCAGUAUUUUUACAUUGUGGUAUUAAUACUUUUACCUAAGUCAAGGGAGUACUUCCUUCACCGCUCAGUGUGUGUGUGUGUGUGUGUGUGUGUGUGUGUGAGAACUGUACUUUGCCAAACUCCAAGUGCCAUCAUGACCCCCUCUCCUCACAGAUGCCUGCUGGGAACUGAAGUCUUUAAAGCAGCCAUUAAACCAGCCUGUCCUCAGGGCGUGAACUACAUUUCCCAGCAGGCCCCGCGCGUCUUCUUCCUUCCCUCUUUCCUUCCUGCAGCCUCGGCCCUUCUGCCGUGAAAAAGGAAGAUGAGAGUCAGCAGCAGUCCGCCGAAACGGAACCAGCAGUGAACCGAGUCUGACUUCCAGCGGAAUGGCGGCAGAGCGGCAGCAGACGGACCGGAGGCCGAGCUCAGCUUCUGUUCUGCGGCCUUGAACCCGACGCGACCGCCCCUGGAGCCGCGGAGCUCCGGAGCCUGGAGGAGCGGCGGGUGGAGCUGCAUCCUGCCGGGCCGGGCCGGGUCGGGCCGGCCGAGCCGCCGUCAUCUCCUUCUGCUGCCAGCGAUGCUCAGCUAGCUGCAGGACUGAAGCCUGGACAGCACCGCACCCUGAAACCAGACCCGAUCUCCCCCUGCCCCCCCUCCCCCCGUCAGAUCUGGGUCCUGCUGUCAGACUGGAACAGGUGUUACACUGAAACCUGUGACCCGGUUCUGUGGCGCUUCCACCUCCAGACCUAAACAUAACAUAAACUUGGCUUACUCAUCAGCUGAACCAGGUCACAGUUUUAAUGUGUCCCAUCACACACAGGUGUUUGCAGAGUCCUGUUGGAGGAUGGACUUAUGUGCUGCUGUUGAAUGGUGACAGUGUCCCUGCAGGCUGCAGCAUGGAGCGCUCCGGCAGCAUCCAGCUGGACAUUCCGGACUUCAGUAACUCAGUGCUGACUCACCUGAACCAGCUGCGUGUUCAGGGCCGUCUUUGUGACAUCGUGGUCAAUGUUCAGGGCCAAAGUUUCCGUGCACACAAGGUGGUCCUUGCCGCCAGUUCGCCGUACUUCCGGGACCACAUGUCUCUGAGCCAGAUGAGCACUGUGUCGCUGACGGUGAUCCGAAACCCGUCAGUGUUCGAGCAGCUGCUGUCCUUCUGCUACACGGGCCGCCUCUGCCUGCAGCUCGCCGACAUCAUUAGCUACCUGACGGCUGCCAGCUUCCUCCAGAUGCAGCACAUCAUUGACCGCUGCACCCAGAUCCUGGAGGGCAUCCACCUGAAGAUCAGCCUGGCUGACCUGGACGAGGAGUCCAGGGAGGAGGAGGCGCGGGGCUCUAGGGUGGGCAGGACCCUAGAAGCGGUGGUCCGAGGAGGGGGUCAUCAUGGCGGCCUGCGACUCCUUGGCCCGCGGGGAGGUGCAGAAACGUGUGAGGCCAUCAGCCCCACUGAGGAGCCCAUCAGCCCGCCACCAACUGUGGAGCACAGUGGGCUGGAGGGGCCUGGGGCUGGUGCUGCCGGCAGAGCAGGCAAAGAACCAAUCCUUCGCAUCAAUCGGGCUGGUCAGUGGUACGUGGAGACGAGCAGCGACCCGGAGCGGACUGGCAGCGCAGAGGAGGGAAGCGGCGUGGACGGAGUCAGGAUCAAGACUGAGAGGAUGGAGGAGUGGAUCGGAGCAGGAGAACACCAGGAGGAGGGGGGGCCAGUAGAAGAGGGUGCCACCGUCAUGAUCGACUCGUCAGGACGCAGCACGUUAGUGACGGGGCCGGUGGGAGCGCUGGGGGCCCGGAGUGCCCAGCCGUCCUCCAGCUUCAGUGAGACAGACAGGUUCAGUCCAACUGGCAGUGUGGUCGUCCUGGCGGAGCGUCAGAGAGCAAAGAGCGAGUCUCCCAACAGGCCGGACGAGCUGCGACAGCCGAGCUCCCAGGGGGAGGAGCAUGCAGCAUUUGAUAUGGGUGGCUAUGAGGACUACCUGAGGGAGCAGGUAGGAGAUCGCUGGUUCCGCUACAACCCCCGGCUCACUUGCAUCUACUGCUGCAAGUCCUUCAACCAGAAAGGCAGCCUUGACCGCCACAUGCGCCUGCAUAUGGGCAUCACGCCGUUCGUCUGCCGCAUCUGUGGGAAGAAGUACACCCGCAAGGACCAGCUGGAGUACCACAUCCGAAAGCACACCGGAAACAAGCCCUUCCACUGCCAUGUCUGCGGCAAGAGCUUCCCCUUCCAGGCUAUCCUCAAUCAGCACUUCCGCAAGAACCACCCGGGCUGCGCCCCCCAAGAGGCUCACAGUGCUUCCCCUGAAACCACCACCGCCUCUGUAACGUCCAGAGGGGGUCCAAGUGACGAAGCCUCCCCCAGCCAGGAGGAGCCCGAGGGUGGGGGCAACGGUGGUGGGAGCAGCAGCGGUGGAGGCCAGUAUGGUGAGGGUCCCCAAGCCUCGGUGUCCACCACGGGGCCUGACUGACCCAGACAGGUGGAGGACGGGGAUGGGGGGGUAGAGGGGGUUCGGCGCCGGUCUAAUUCCGGUAUACCCGAAGCAAACAGGACACUGAACUUGCUGAAGUCAAAGCAGUAACAGAAAAGACACCUCAGAGUCCGAACUGAGAUUUUUCCGCUUUAAACCGCAUCUACCUUCACUAACCAAACCGAACAGAUUAAGCUAAAAUGAAGAAAUGCCACACACUCCAACAACCUCAUACACCACACGAUGCAGUGGUUCUCGUUUGCCUCCGUCCAGUUUGUUAUGUUACAGAUUUCUAAUUUUAUAUUUACAAGUAUUACAGGUUCACAACACAGCAUCACAACAGUCUGUCUGGUGGAAACUUUGCCAAACUACUCAGUGCCAGUUUAACAGUUCAAAUCCUUCAUAUUUGCCUUGAGACAAUCUGGAGCAUUCGGGUUACUAAUAAUAAUCCUGUGCGCUCUUCAAGUGCCACAACGGCGUAAAAAGAUUUAGUUGCACAGUUAAAUGAGGAAACUGUGUUCAGUUCCAGUGUGAUCAGAAUUUCUAAUCGUUUCCAUUUUACUCAAAGCUACAUGUCAUAAAGUUUGGUAGACGACCACUUUGGCAUGGACAGUUACACACUACAUACCUGUUAUCAUACAGCAUCAUCACAUUCUGUUCUCCAUCACACAGAUAUGACCUCUCAAUCCCAACCCAAGAGCUUUUAUUUCGUUUUUCCUUUAACUAAAUGGUUCCGUUUGUAAAAUGUGGAAAAUUGACACCCCUGGGGCUUUCUUACUGCAAUCUUCAGGCUCUUCAUUAACAAUUAGUCAGCCCGUUAUUUCCUUUAUUAAUAAAUUUGUUGUUUUGUCUCUAAAACAUCAGAAAAUAGGCAAAGAUCCAUUUGGAACCCCCUCCACAAUUCCUUAAAGCCCAUUACACCAUGUCCAUGUUCUAGUAUGGUCCCAAGGACCAGCUGUUCAACAAACCCCAGAGAAAGCUCCAGAUAUUGAUGCGUUCCCUAGGUGGAGAACAGAUCUCAUUUUAUCCUGCCUCAUGCAGUAAGGACAGCUAAAGAUGAAGAAUUCUGAUCACACUGGAUCAAUUGGUUAAUUUGGCUGUAAAAUGCAUAUAAAUUCCUCAGAUUAAUGUUUCAGUACUGUGGCAGUUGAACUCAGUUUUUAAGGAUCUGGUAGACUAGAACAGACCAUCUGGCAGUCUGUUGCCUAAACAGACUCACAGCAGGAAAAAACUGGACAGCGUCCAGCCUCAGAUAAGCUACACAGCUCAGUUACCUCUCAUCACUACGCAAUACAGCUGCUGCACUGCAUAGCACAGCACCACCGGGGGGGCGCUCUGAUCCACUCACACAGAGAUCUCCGUCAGUCUUCUCAGAUAUUUUUAUAAACAAGCAUGUCUUUAUUGUUUUUUUUUUUCUUGGACCCUUUUUUGCUCUGACAAUGUGUGUGACAGAAGACAGAAACUUCCAAGUUUGUGGAGACAGUGUCCAGACCUGAUCAGUAACGUCUGUCGCAGUUAAUGAUGCAUAAAAUCGGCUGCACUUGACUCCAAAUCUGUCAAAGCUAAUAGUCAAACUGAAGCUUCAGAGCUGUGCCUAAAAAUUAUUUUCAAUAUCAAUUAAUCUGCAAUUAUUUUUUCAAUUCAUCGAUUUGCGUAUAAAAUGAUAGUAAAUAGGGAAAACUUCCCGUUAUAAUUUCCCACCAACAUGACGUCUUCAGGCGUCUUGUUUUUUCUGGCCUACCGUCCAAAACCCAAAGAGAUUCAGUUUACGGUUAUGACUGACAUAGGAAAGCAUCAAAUCCACAUAUAUUUACACACAUACAAACUGUGUAUAUAUAAUAUAUAUAUUUUGCUUAAAAAUGACUAAAUAGACUGUAAGAUUGUCAAUCUUCAAUUAAUAUAAUUGUUGCUCUUUGAUGUCCAGUACUGAGACAGCCCCAGCGCAGGUUUAGCCUAGCUUAGCACAAAGACUGGAAGCAGAGGGAAGCCUAGCUACAAGAAAGGAGGAAACAUCCACCUUCCAAUAUUUUCAGCACUGACGUGCUCACUUUAGCUCUAUGGCUAAUGUUAGCUUUUCCAACGAUAAGACAAUUUGCAUAGGAAUUAUCUAAUAUUGUUGUUUAAUAUUGUUUUGGCUGCAACUAAUGAGUGUUUUCAUUAAUGAUUAAUGAUUGUUUGAUUAAUCAAUUAGUUGUUGGUCUGUAAAAUAGAAAGUAGUGAAAACUGAACAUAGUCAUUUUCCUGAGUCCAAAGUGUUAAAUAUUCCAAAGCCCAAAGAUAUUCAGUUCACUACAACUGAAGACUAGAAACAGUGGCAAACUGGAAAAGCCAGAUCCAUCAAAAUUUUCGAUGAAUCGAUUUUCAAAAUCGUAGCAGUGUAUUUUUCCUUUGUUCCCCUAAUCAAUUAAUCGAUUAGUUGUUUCAGCUCUGAUUGAUUUAUUAACAUGCAGUAGAGGUAAUGCAUCAUUGACGACAGACAUGAUCUGGUAGUGAAAGGACGAGGAGCCAGACCCAGUCAGACCAGAUGGAUGUAGUAGCCAGGCCAUGGAACUGGACUUAAAAAACCCUCCGGAGGUCAGAGUUUACCUGCUGGAGGGCAAAAGCAGGUCGGACCACCUGGCAACCAAAGGAAAGGCGUUGUGGCCAUGUUGGCCUCCAAAACAACAACAACUUCAGCACUUAUCAGACAAAGAGACGGGGUCUGAAACAGAAACUUUUUAUAAACACAGAACAAUGAAAAAUCUCCACAUAUUAUCAGACAAACAUAUUUAAACUACUAAGAUUUUUUUUUUUUUUUUUUGCAUAUGAACAAUGUUAAAAAAGCUUGGAGUUGAAUUCUGAUGUAUGGUAAGUAGGCAGGUAGCACAUGGAUCGGCUGUUACUGUUUUUCUACAGAGCUGUGAAUCAGAUUUACAGUGGACGGUAAAUUUUUUUUAUGCAAGUGAAGCCAGCGGCUCUGUCCUUACUCUGGCUGGCUGGACUCAAGAUUUCCUCACAGAUUGCACCGCCGCUGCCACGCUCACUCUUCAGGCUAAACCAGGAACUAUCAGGUAUAGAGACUCUUUUCUUUUAUUAAGUGAAUAGGAAAUUUACCUUUCCCUGCGUAGCAGAAAGCUAACGGCUAAACCUCAGUGCGAGUAACAAAGCUCACCUGUAAAUAUACAGGGCAGCAGGUCAGAAAUCCCUGUAGGUCACUGCAGAGGAUGACAAAACACACAAACCAGGGCUGGGGAGUAUGGAACGAAAAUCAGUACUUAUGAUAACCACAAGACCUCUUUUUAAUGUACCACAGCCACAGAAAAUACUGGUUUGUGAUUGGCUGGCAGGUAUUCGGGGGACACACUGACACAGUUUUGGUCAGUUUAUGACUUCAGUUGUAUCAUGGUGUUCUUCAUCUCCACUUUUCAUUAAUCGGGACACUGCUCACACAUCAUGAUAUCUGAUUUACCUCCAAGUGUUCAGCGAAGGAAAAUUAUGUUGAACUGAAAGGCAAAAACAAAAAUCAUGAAAGAAACUCAUUUUUAUCUGAGACAAGGGAUUGAGUUAAAAUACUCAGAGAUUGUUUUUUAGAUUUUUAGAUGUCUCUAAAUCUGCAAUAGUGAAUGAAGUCUGCUGUGCACAAAUCUUCAGUAGAGCUGCAACUAACCAUUAUUUCCAAUUCAUUGAUUAAUUUUGAUUAUGCUUUCAAUGAAUCCUUCAGUCUAUAAAAUGUCAGAAAAGAGUGAAUGGCGAGUUGCCCCGAGCUCACUGUGACAUCUCUUCAUUGUUUUGGAGCAACGGUCCGAAACUCGUAGAUAUUAAAUUUACUGUGAGAUAAAACAGAGAAGCUGAAGCCAGACAACGGAGGGUGUUUUAGCCUAAAAACAAAAUGAUGGGAAAUGUUAGAUUAUAUGUUAGAUAAUGUAACUGAUGUUAUUUGGUCAUUUAACGUUAUUGGCAUAAUGUUUUUUAACCGAGGAAUAUUGUAAAACGUUUUGUGAAAAUCAUUUCAAAUCUUCCCAGUUUACAGCAUUCUUCUCGUCACAAAACUUUCAUAUUCUCUCUUUAGCUCUUCAGUCUAAAGGAGCCAAAUGUUAGCAACUUAAUGUAGCUUUGUUCCGUUAGCUACUUAACAAUGACUGUGUAAGCACGGUUUGUGUGGUGCAACUCGUUUUGACUUCGUUGUGUGCAGAUCUCCAUGCUAGCACUUUCGAUAAAAAGUUUGAACGUAGGAAAUUUUGGUCUAACUGGGUCCCUGUGUCUGACCAGUUCAGACUGGUUUGGGACACUUAUUCCUGAGUAACAUGUUUCCUCUUUUAAAUGUCAAAAAUAAGACAAAUAGCCUUAAGACGCCUGCAGUGUUGGAAGUUAACUUACAGGUUUUUUUGCUUAAUUUGAGUAUGAACCAAAGAAUUCAGAGGUAUGUCAGGAAUACCAGACCCCAGCACCUCGUUGGUACCCAUGAAAUUCAACUUUUCAGCUGCCUUGUGUCAGUUUUAAAAUUCGAAACACAUCAACUACAGAGGUGACAAAAUGUUUGAUAAGAUGCUCCAACACAAACUGUUUGUCCAGCAGAAAGUCCAGGAACAACCCGACUAAAGAUUCAGAUUUCAGAGACGCUCAGAUCAGAUCAGCCUCCUUCUCUCUCACAUUAUGAUGAAAGAAAUAUUUCAGACUUUUUUUUGGCUGCAGAUCAAAUGAAGCAGGAAACUCUGAGUUAACCUCAGUUAUUGUCAACUUCUAUUUUCAUUUUCAGACAUUUUACAGACGAAACAAGUUAUCAGAGAGAACAGCUUACUGAACCGGUCUGAACUGGUCCAAACUGGUUUGUGUCCCCUGUGGGUUUGAAAAGCAGUAACGUUCCUCCUCUCCGCACUGAGGUGUAGUGAAGCAGUAAGGACUUAAUGUUUUCAAUGAACACCACAUCAUUUCAAGCCAGUUUAAAGUCAAGAAAGCUGCUUCCAGAACAACUGGUCCAGUCUGGCCUGGUCCGGUGCGAGGAACCUAUAAAAAAAAAGUCGGAUCAGAGUUGACCUGACUCUGCUUGAUCCAUCGUGUUUCUGAAACGGAACUCAACCUGAUUUAACUUUUACCAUGAACCAAAGCAGAUGGUCUGAUAUCUGACUCUUUUUCUUUUAACUCAGAAACGACUCUUCAGUGUGAAUUGAACGUUGAGAGCCUCAGGUGCUAAAUCAAAAAAAAAAAAAAAAAGUCUGAAUUUCAUCCGUUAUGAUAAAAAAGUUCUGCUUCAUAUUUACAGUCAGUGUCAAUUAACAUUUAUCUAAUUAAAAUAUAAUCAGAUAAAUGUUCCGAUGAUCCGACUCUUCUCUUCAAAGGUUCCUCUGUUCAGUUCAGCUCCAAUUUAAUCUUCAUCCAAACUGUGAAAACAGCCCAACCUCAUCAUCUUCAUCGUCAUCAUCAUCCUCUGGUCUUCGUGUCUUUGAGUCGAUCGAGGCCUCCGUUGUUCUGAUCGACUCGUUUGCUUUAAAACGCCAAACAUUGGUUUCAUGUUUCUUCAGUUUUGUUUUUUUUACUUUUUACUGUGUGAAUCAAAUGUUUAGUACAUGAAUAUAAAGUAACCUUGACCACAACAUGCCUAAUUAUAAAUCAAAUCAUUUAGAUAUAUUCACAUUUAAUGAGAUUACUCUUUACUGUUGAUUCCUCAAAGUAUAUCCUAAUAUAUCGAAGCAGAAAAUGAGUCAAAGAAAAAAAUGGAGUUUAGUAAAUUAACUUUUAAUACUGUACAUUUUUUUUUUUUAAGAGGAGGUACUUAACACGUUCUGUAGUAGAGAAACCUGAAAGGUUUUAUGUGAAGAUCUUUUAUGUUGCAUGUCUCUGUUGCUAAAACAUGUUGGUGGAGGGGGGUGGGGGGGGGGGAGUGAGGCCAAAGGUGGAUUAUAGUUUAGAAAAAUGUGAAGAAG